CAAACAGUCGCGCGCUGAUGCAAACCAAUUCAGGUUUUGCUUCAAGUGCAUACACCCAUGAGUUGAUGGUUGUGAUUGAAUAGCCACGAAGGGUCAGCAGAGAUAUGCACAGGCACAGAAGAUUGGUUUCAGGCAGAACAUGAGGUGAUCACUGAAAAGUCUUGCGGAACAUAUUGCCUUUGAUGCAUGUUUGCAUAUCUUUGCCUGCUUAGAUGACAUAUUUUCUUGACUGAACCCAUGGAAGUUGGCCAUUGCGGUCCACCAAUGAAGUUCGGACUCUCAUGAACCAACGUGAGGACUUUAAACGUGUGACAGUACUAUGCUGGCAGUAUCUGGCAGUACACUCCCUAAUCAUGGCUAUGUGGAGUGAACACCAUUUGUUUGGUCUUCGGAUUACAUGGUCGUCCGAGUCGAAAUCGGGGCUGACAAGCGCCAUCCACGGAUUCCGGCUGAAGAGGAUCGACAUGGGGAAACGAACGAGCCAGUGGACCACCCAAAUAGGAGGCGUGGAGAUUUCAGCUGGCAGUACAGCUGGCAGACAUGAUUUUCACAGAUUGUACCUCAUAGUUCUGUCCUACUAUUUCAACAAAAACACGAUGUGGUCCUGCUCAGAGAAGAACUAUGCCCGACUCCUCGGUCGACCGCUUUAGCUGGGUCGACUUCACCAGUCGGUCCUCUCUUCGCCACGCCCCCUGGAGUCGGUCGCCGCACUCUUGUUGCUCUAGGGAACUCGAGAGGGAGAUCGCCCUCUCCACGAAGGGUUUGGACACCUGAGAGGCGAAGAGAGGAUGUUCUGCUGGGGGAUCCGGUCGACCGCAGGGGCGGAAUUGGUGCUCGAACAGUGCCGUGCCUUUACAGUAUUCAGAUGUAUACAGUAUACAGUAUAUAUAUACACGGUAUAUCUAGAAUAUCUAGAUUCUGAUGUGUAAGUACAUAUUUACAGAUUUGCACGUAUAUAUGCUCACCCUGCAAUGAUCUGCCUUUUCCUGCUUUUCAGCUCUUUAUGCUCUUUUAUGUCAUUGACCAUUGACUUUACUCUUUCUUCCACCAUACCUCAUGCUGUGAGAUUGUUUUCACAGUCUGCAUGUUUGCAGCUUUCUUGAGGUAACAACGCCAUUACGGAUUCGUGCAGUUAUGUUAGUCUCGACCUGCGACCUGUGCACCGACUCACAGAGUUUGCAGUUUUGUUGGCAAGUAUCUUUGCCGGUCGCUCAUGUGGUUCUUCCGGUGAAAGAGAGGUUGCAAAGUGUUUUCAGUCCAAUGGUACGAGAACUGUUGAAACAUAGAGCAGCUUGAAGCCGAGUCUGAAUUGCAUUCUCCGUUUAUACAGCAGCUGGUGUGGAACAAGAGAUUUUGUUUCGCCUUUCCUGUUGUUGGAAGCCAAUACUUCGGAAUUUGAAAGGGAAUUCAACAAUAAAGAACAAGUUGGAGCACAUUUCAAGCUUAGAAGAUGCUGGAAGGACCCUUUGGUCAAGUCGCUCGAGAAAAGCUAGCUCCGAAAGAAGCCAAGCAACAGCAACAGAAAAGGAGGGCCAGAGGAGAAAAAGCCCGCAUUCAAGCCUCGAUCUAAGAAGGCUCCAGCUCAGCCAUCUACUUCGAGCGAUACUCCGAAUGUCAUCAUCAGUCGAUGUGCUAUGCGACCCUCAAUCUCAGAUGUCUAUGUCAUGUCGAAGAACUAAUGACGGGCAUUCUGAGCGUGGUAAGGUGACAGCUGUACACUGCAUUCUAUAUGUACAAGCCCGCUUGCAGUCGCUAGUGUUCGUUUCUGGGCUCUGGAGGUCAUCGUCGAGGUUCUUCAACGUAUACAGCAUACUGGUGGCAUUUGCUUCCCAGUUUUGAGUGUCUUCGGUGUGAAGCAGUGAAGACACUGGGUGUGUGGAAGGAGCAGCCAAGUAUCUCCGCCGUCGAAGCGCCGCCACUGAAAAAAGCGGACCGGACGCGUUUUUCGACGCGUUCGCAGACGACCGUCCUGCCGUGUUCUCCGGCAGGAAAUGGUUUGGGCGAAGCUCCUUAAAGCCACAUUAAGGCGAAACUCGUGCCCGCGUGCUGCUCAGAUGUUUUGCCCUGAAAGCUUGUAAGACAAGCUUGCGAUGUUGCGAGACCUCCAUAUAUGUCAUGCAAAAGUUAGGUGGAUGCUUGCACUGGGUGUGUCUUUGAUAGAAAACUUGGCUGGAAUGGUGCCACGCCACAUUGGACUGCUCUCUUUGGACAGUAAGUGGCCCUGGAAAGUGAGGAUCCAUAAUGGCAAUUUUGGGGAGUGGUCUGAAUUUGACGUCUGGGUAGGGUAGAUGGCGCUCUCGGCAAAUUUGAGUUGCGCCAUUCACUCGUCAAUUUGGCCAAGGGUAAGAAAAAAGAAAGCAAAGGACAGCUGCAGCGGAGAAGCCAGGUGGGCGCCCUCGCGGCGGGAGCGGCGCAAGUACGCGGGGCUCUUCCUGCGCUCCGACACCGACCAGGAUGGCUUCGUCCAGGCAGGCGAGGCCAAAGCGCUGAUGGAACGCUCGGGGCUCGAGGAAGGGAUGUUGCGACAGAUCUGGGACUUGGCGGAUGCCAGGACACAAGAUGGGCAGCUGGAUUUCGUGGAGUUCGUGUGCAUGGUGCACCUGGUGUCUUGCGUCCUGCGGGGCUGCGGGCCCUUGGGCCCUCAACUGGCACCCCAACUGCAGCAGGCCUUAGCGACCUUGGAGCCACUGGAGCAACUGGCCCAGGAACGCGAGGAGAGCCGCAGCCGGAGCCGCAGCGCGUCGCCGGCGCCGCCCGUGGCAGAGCUGGUCAAGACCGAAAGGUUGACGGAGAUGCCCGACUUUGAGACAGCAUUCCAGACCGAUGGGGCCGAGCAUUUUGGAGGAGACUUUCCCAAGGACUUUGCCAAAGACUUCGCAGGUGACUUCGGGGAGUUCCCCAACGACGCGUUCGGGGGAGAUGGAGGGGAUUGGCCAGGUGAGAAGGGCAAAAAGAAGAAGAAAAAGGACAAGAAGGAGAAGGAAAAAGACAAGGACCAGCACAAGGACUUCGGUGAUGGUGGUUUCGGCGACUUGGGCGACUUUGGCGCUUUCGGAGACCCCUUUGGGACGAUGGGUGGUGCACCCGAGACCGAUCUGGGAGAGGACCCUUUCCGCACCAGCGGCUUCGAGCCGUUCCACCCCAGCUUUCCGGAGAAUGAGAGGACCAGACCGUUGCAGUCGGUGCUGGAGAAGGAUCGCCAUUUGGCACAGCAGCUGCGAAAAGAAGUGGAUCAGUUGGACAAAGAUCUAAGGCGCUUGCAAGCUUUGGACGUGGAGUUGGAACAACUGCAUUCACAGGACUCCAAGGAGAUUGAGAAGCUUCGGCAUCACAGCCAGGCCUUGCAAAGAGACUUGGAGGAGGGCCAACGUCGUCUGUCGGAGCUGCGGGAGGCGCGGUCUGUGGCGAACCAGGAGAGCCUCACCUUGCGCCGGGACCAGGACCAUCUCCUCCAGGAGCUGAAGUUUCUGCGACAUAUGGCUGAAGAGGAAGAAGAACUGAUCAUUCUGCUGCAGAACUCGAACCAAUAUCUGGAGACGUCCUGUGGCAAUCUGGAGACCAACUCGCAGGUCUUGAACCAGAUCCAUACCGAUUUGCAGCGGCAGAUCUCUACGGAACAGGAGCAGCUGGAUCGGGAGAAGAAGGAGCUGCGUGACUUCCAAGGUCAACUGGACAACCUCAAGAGCUCUGGUCUAAGCUCGGGCACACCGGUGGCAGAGCCACCGGCCGCCCCAAAGAAGAAGCCGACCAUGAUUUUGGAGCGGGAGGGGGUCUGAAAUGGUCUGAAGUUCUGAGAGACUCUAAGCCAAUGCAGAGCCAAAAAGGAAGCAUCUCACUUGUCUUUGUCAUGCGCAGAUAUUGGGAGACCAGAGACGAAUGCUGGAAAACGAUUCGUUCGGAAUGGGACAUAGAAGUUCAGGGUGAAGUGGGGGACAGGGGAGAACAAAUCUGGACGUCUAGACUGGUUCAUCAACAAAAGCUUCCAUUAUGGAUCCAAUAUGGAGAGAAUAGAGAAUUCAUGUAAUGUAAUAUGUAACAAUAUGUAAUAUGUAAUGUAAUAUGUAACAAUAUCAAC